CAUCCGACGACGAUGAUGAUGAUCAGGGAAAAGAUUCAAAUGAUGGUUUAUUGGAAUCAAAAAUGAUGAAUAAAACAAAACGACGACAUAAAUCAGCAAAUAAUUGUGAUAAUCAACAGCAACAGAAAAUUAUUGAUUCACGUUUGAAAUCAUCAAAAGCAACAAAAAUGGUGAUGAAUAAUGAUCCAAAUGAUGAUGAUGAUGAUGAAGAACAUAAAUGGGAUUUAGAUAAUUUUCUACCACCGGGUGAUUAUUCAUCAUCAUCAUCAUCAUCAACAACAACGACGAAUAAAGAUACUCAUAACAGCAACAACAACAACAACGAUAAUAAUCAAGAUUUAUUAAAUAAUAAUCAAAAAUCAAAAAUCAAUCAUAGGAAGAAUAUUAUUGAUGAUGAUGAUGAUGAUGAUUUAAAAUAUAUUCCAUCUGAUGAUAAUGAUUUGGUUGAUCAUGAUCAACAAUCGGAUGAUGAACAGAAUUCAUAUUCAAGAUCUGGAUCAAAGAAUUCUGUUCAUCAAGAUGAUGAUUUAGAAUUAUCGAAUGAUUCAUCAUCAUUUUCAAUAAGAAAAUCAAAUCAAAAUGAUGAUGAUGAUGAUGAAAUGGAAGAAGGUGAAUUAAUCAAUGAUAAUAGUGAUGGUGAUGGUGAUGGCAAUGAUGAUGAUGAUGAAAUGGAUUCUGAAUUAUCACCAUCAUAUAAAACAACAAAACUAAAAUCGUUAUCUUCUGUAAAUGAUCGUCAACGUUUUGAAUCAAAAUUAAUCAAUAAGGAUCGUUCAAAAUCAUCCGUAAUGAAUCCUCAAUCGCAAGAUUAUCAUCGUAUUGUACCACCAUCAUUACCACCACCACCAUUAUCAUCAAAAUGUUCACCAUAUCAAGAAGCAAUUUUAUCAUCAACAAAUAAUAAAAUUAAUAAAAAGAAACAAUCAUCACCUAUGAUUCAACAACAACAACAACAAUCAUCGUUAUUACAAAUACCAGCAAAAUUUGCAGAUGAUUUAAAAUUACAGCAGCAGCAACAACAACAGCAAAAAAAUCGUCUAAAUGAUGAAAAUAAUACAUGGAAAGAUGUUAAAAGAAGAAAGGAAAAGUUUUCACAAUCUCAGCCACCACCAUCAUCAAUAACACAACAACAACCACCAAAUAAAUCUUCACGUUUAGCUGAUAAUUUAUUAUCCGCAACUAGUCAUUCGCUAAAUGAUUCUAAAUCAAAUAAUAAUCGUUUAUCGACAACAACAACAACAACGAUAAAUAAAAAAUCAUCAUCAUCGAAAAAUUCUGAACGAUAUUCACCAUCAUUGAAUAAUUCUUAUAAUCGAAAAAUAGAUAAUUCUGAUAAUUUAGGUCAAAAAUCACUUAUUGUAUCGAUAGAAUUACCAAAAUUAAAUCGUAUACCACAUAUUGAUCGUAAUGGUAAUCAUCAUUUAAAUCAUGAACAACGAAUGCGAUCUGCAUCACCAAUACCACCACCAUCAUCGCAAUCAUCAAGAAAUUCUAAAUCAGAUUUGAAAAAACAACAACAAAAAUCAUCACAACAACGUUUGGAUAAUGAAAAAUUAUCAAAUUUAAAUGGUAAAUCUAUUGCUGGUUCACAAUUGAAAUUAGCUAAUAAAAUCAAUAAAAUAUCUGAUACAACAACAACAACAUCCGCACCAACAUUAUCAUCAUCGAACAGCAAACUUAAUAAACCCUUAGAAAAUUCACAAGGACGAAAUUCAUCAAGACAACAAUAUGGCCAACAGCAACAACAGGUACCAUCACCAAUAUCAUCAUCCACUUUAUCAUCAUCAUUACCGGUAUCAAUACCUAUAAAUAAUAUUAAUAAUUCAUUACGAACAUCACCACAUAUUACUAAUAAUAAUAAUAAUCAUCAACAUAAUUAUUAUCAUCAUAAUUCAUCAACAACAACAACAACACAAAGAUCAUUUUCACCAUUAUGUUCAACCGAACAAGAAGCACAAUCAAUGGCAAGAACAUUAAAACGUAAAGCAGAUUCAAUAAAAAUACCACAACAACAAAUAUUACAAUAUAUUGAAGCAUCAAUGUAUUUUAUACAAUCUGGUUUAAUUAUGGAACAAAAACGUAUUGAAUCAGAAAUAGAUAAAGCAUAUCAAUUAUAUCGUGAUACAUUACAAUUAAUAAAAGUUGCAACAGCAAAAUUAUCUAAACAAAAUAAUCGUCCAUCAACAUUAUUAUUAUUUACAAAUCAAGAACAAUUACAAUUAAUUGAUUUAAAAUUAACUGUAUUAUCAUAUCGUUGUCAAGCAUUAAUUAAUUCACGUUUAACCCGGAUGCGUUAUCGUGAAAUACAUGAAAAUAAAGAAAUGAUUGGUCAAUUUUUUAAAACACAUGAAAAAAUUCUUAAUUCUUGUCAAAAUCCACCAUCAUCAAAUAGUUUAUCAAAUCAAUCAUCAUCAUCAACAAUGUCUGUACCAAUACAAAUGAUGAAUUAUAUUUCUAGGCAACUAUUCCUAUUGCAACAAUCAUAUUCAGCAAAUGAUCUUUGGAUAAAAUCCGAAUCAAUGAUUGAAACAAAUCAAUCUAAAAAUGAAUGUAAAGAAUUUUUUCAAAAAAUUGAUCAUGAAGCUGGUUUACAAUUACAAUUAAGUAGUUCAUUAGAACAAUUGAUACAUUAUACAUUGAAAGGUGUAAAAAUUAUACAAGAAUGUUUACAACCAUUAUUAGCGAAUAAUAAUAAUAAUAAUAAUAAUUCAUUGGAAAAUACUAAUAAUAAUCAAACUGGAUCAAUGCAACAACAAUCAUCAUCAUUACCAACUAAAUGAUCAUCUUGUUUUGAAGAAUUUAUAAUUGUAAUUGUAAUCGAUCGAUUGAUUGAUUGAUGAUAUAUUUGUAAUUACCCACGCAAUCAAAACCUUUUUUUAAAUUUAUUUUAUCUCUUUUUUGUUUGUUUAAUUUUCCAAAAAUUGAAUUUUUUUUCCUGUUCAAUUUUCAUAUUUGCUCGAUGUGAUGAUAACGAUCUUGACGAUUUUCGAUUUAUAACUGUAAUA